AUAAUUCUCACUGCAAGUCACAAUCCUGGUGGUCCGAAAGCGGAUUUCGGCAUCAAAUAUAACUGCGAAAACGGUGGUCCUGCUCCCGAUCACGUAGGUUUCCUACACAAUUCUUUUGUAACCAAUGCUAUCUAUGAUAUAACCACUAAGAUCUCCUCAUAUGCAAUCUGCAAGGAUUUGCAAUGCGAUUUCAAGACACUAGGAAGAAAGGAAUUCGACAUUGAUGGAGUGGGACAUUUUGUUGUUGACGUCGUUGACUCGGUAAAAGACUAUGUUGAACUCAUGCAGAAAAUUUUCGACUUUGCAAAGAUCAAAUCGUUCCUUGCUGGCGAAUCGAACGGGAAAAAGUUCCAGUUGCUGAUAGAUUCUAUGCACGGAGCUACUGGUCCCUAUGUUUCUACAAUUCUUUGCGACGUGCUUGGUGUUGAUAGUCGCUGUUGCAUGAGCAGUACUCAAAUUUUCCCCAGGACCAAUCCAAAACCGGACUUCGGAGGAGGCCAUCCUGAUCCAAAUCUCACGUACGCCAAAAAUCUGGUCGAUCAGAUGAGUAAAGGAGAGCACGAUCUUGGGGCAGCAUUCGAUGGGGAUGGAGACCGCAACAUGAUCCUCGGCAAGAAUGCAUUCUUUGUGACGCCUAGCGACUCACUAGCGGUCAUUGCAGACAACUGUAGCUGCAUUCCAUAUUUCCAGUCACAUAAAGUUGCCGGAUUUGCGCGAUCUAUGCCUACUGCUGGAGCUGUGGAUUUAGUAGCAAAAGCAAAAAACGUGGAGCACACCGGACUUCACGUCAUACAGCCUUUGCACUUGUGGCGUGAGGUCGACCUUUGCGCAUUGCCUCAUGUUUUCGAAACACCCACAGGAUGGAAGUAUUUUGGAAACUUAAUGGAUGCUGGUCGGAUCUACCUGUGCGGAGAAGAGUCGUUUGGUACUGGCAGUGAUCAUAUCAGGGAAAAGGAUGGUGUAUGGGCUAUGCUGGCUUGGCUGCAAAUCUUAGCUGAAAAGAAAGCUUCGGUGGAAGACAUCGUCAAAGCUCACUGGAAGCGUUACGGAAGGAAUGUGUUCACUAGGUUUGUCAUUUGUGCAGUAAUAUAGGU